AUGGCCUCUUCUUCGCUCGUCGGCUCCUUGUCGCCAAUAAUUUCACCUACCUUCGCUGCGCGUGUAAAGGCACAGCUCGUCUCACCUGCAUCGUCGCAAAUCGUGAAGCCACACGAACUUCCAUCCGCCCUCGCGCGGCCUCUACAGGUUGCACAUUACGAACCACACAGAGAACCCGAGUAUCUUGCCGCCACAAUAGCUUAUGGUAUCAUUCUGGAUGGGAACAAGAGAAUAGGUGGUGCCCGCUUUUUCGCUUCUCUACGCGCAGUUCAAUUCGCAUUAAUCUUUUUCUAUCCUCGAGUAGCCUUCUUCCUUGCAAACGAGUACGUGCGCGCUAUGGGUCUUCCGGGCCUGAGCCCGAAACUAUCCGACACCGAUGUGCGAGAGUUUGCAGAACGUCAGUGCAUGGCCUAG